AGGCUGGCUUACAUGGCGGUGCCAUUAGCUUUGGAAAACUCCCUCUGGUAUGCGUCCAACAUCAUCUCUACAAUCUUCAUUGGGCACCUGGGGAAGCAGGAGCUGGCCUCAGUCGUCCUUGGAGAAAGUGUGUUCAAUGUGACAGGAUUCUCAUUGGUGCUGGGCUUGACCAGCGGCUGUCAGACCUUACUGCCACAGGCAUUUGGGGCGAAGAGGUAUGCAGCGAUGGGCAUUAUCGCCCAGAAGGCAGCCCUCAUCUGCCUGGCACUCUCGGCCAUCAUCAUCCUUGCCUGGACGCAACUGGAAAAGGCGCUCCUGCUUCUUGGUCAAGACCCCAGCAUAUCUGCAGCCGCAGCUCGAUACAUCCGCCUUUCGUCACCUGCGCUCGUCCUGAUUACCCUCUCAGAUGUCAUUCGCAGCGUCCUGACAGCCCAAAUGGACAUCUAUCCUUGCACAGGGAUUUCCAUCUUCACGACGUUCCUGACCCCGCUCAUAAACUGGCUGCUCAUCUACCACUGGGAUUUCCGGCUGGAUGGCGCGGCGCUGGCAAACGUUGUGGAAGCUUCCUUGUUCCUGCUACUCAUAACGUCAUACUUUAUCUGGCGCGAAAGCCACCUGCGCAAGAGCGGCCGGCACACACUGCAGAGCUGGAGUUUAGAUCCGUUCAGGAAAUGGGGCCCUUACCUUAAAAUAGCGGUGCCUGGGCUGGUCAUGAUCUGCCUGGAGUGGUGGACAUACGAGGUCAUUGUCAUUAUGGCGGGGCUCUUGCCAGACACAGCAACAUCCGUGGCUGUCAUGGGCGUCAGCUUUGACAUCACAACGAUCACCUACAUGCUGCCAGCUGGCAUCAGCGGUGAGAACACCUCAACAAUCAUGUCAAAUCACAUGGGGGCCGGGAACUAUGGAGCAGCGCAGCUCUCCCUGAGGGCAGCACUAGGAAUGGGCUCAGGAACUGUCCUAGUCACAGCUUCUGCUGUGUUUGCCGGCCGCUCUGUGUGGCCGCGCAUUUUCACCAAGGACAGCAAAAUUGUGGCGCUGGCCAGCAGCGUGCUUGUCAUCUUGUCUGUGUCCUCCAUCUUCGAUGGGCUCAUGUCCAUCUUCAGAGGUGCAGUGACAGCGCUAGGGAGGCAGCUAGUGGGAGCAUCGUUUGCCUUUGUGUGCUACUGGUGUGUGGGAAUUCCACUGGCAGUUCUACUGGGGUUCAGGGCAGGCCUAGGGGUGCAGGGAUUUUGGCUGGCUCUGCUGGUGGCCUCUGCCCUGGGCUGCACUGCAAUGGGGGUCUUUCUGGGGCGGCUCGAUUGGGAAAUGGAGUCUUUGAGGAUUGCUGCGAGGGUGGCUGAGGAGGAGGGGAGCGCCUCAGAGGAGACUGAGCGGCUGCUCCCGGUACCAGAUGUCCCAGACGCCACAUAG